UCGCUGUACUCCUGGGUGGCUACCGGGAAAAUCGAAAUUCGUCAAUUGCGGGAAUUUUUCUCUGUCACUCUAAUUACGUUUUAAUGAGAGUAAAAGAGAAAGAUCCCCACAAUUUGCGAAUUUCGGUUUUCGCGGUAGGCCCCCUGGUGAUACACAAAAGCUAUGCAAUCCGUUAUUAGUUUUAAAUUUCUGCGUUGAUAUCCUUACCAAUCCGCUAUGUCACAGCAUAAUAUUAUCAGAGAACGCAUACUGUCAUAUUGUGCCCCCCUUUCCGUGACAAGUAUGCUAUAGCAUUCGCCUUUGUAUGGGAUUCUCCUUAGUCCUUAGUAGCCCAACGUGCCUAUCGUUCACGCUCCGUGGCGAACGAAACGCAACUGUCAUAGUCGCGCUAAUAAAGAAGAGUGAUAGAGAGAAAUGACUACGAUACGCUACGGAGCGUUAACGAUUGUAACGUUGGCUACGUGGCCAGGUGCGUCUGUCCACACAUUCAAUUUGAGCGAAUUUCGCGAAAUAUGCAGAUUGUCUCAGUGGAAGGGUUGACUCACCAAACACAAUAUACGUAUACACUAUUUUUAUGGAUUUUUUAUAACAUCGUAAUGAAUGUUUUUAUUACAAUUUCUUCAAGUUUUUGAUUGUGUUUUAAUGAAAAAAUAUAUUUCCUUGCUUUUUAUUGCACUACAACCAAAUUUUGAUAACGGUUAACAUAAAAAAGCGAGGCAUAAAUGUGUAUUUUCAUUUCACGUCCUGUAUUUGGUGCAGAUGCAUCCGAAAAAGAAUAUAAAGUUGGGUGAAUUAUCGCAUGGCAGGAAAAGUAGUGCACGCUUUAAGUCCAGGGCUCCUACCGGGAAAAUCGAAGUUCGUCAAUUGCGGGCAUUUUUCUCUGUCACUCUAAUUACGUCUUAGUAAGAGUAAAAGAGAGAUCCCCGCAAUUUGCGAAUUUCGGUUUUCGCGGUAAGCCCCCAGGACUUAUCGUGGCGGUGCCGAACAGGGAACUCAAAAAACUGGGAUGUGGCAAAGUGACGCUUCCGAGAAGUGUUGAUGGCGUAAAAUAUCAAAGCAGUCUGAAUAAACGCCUGCCGAGUUUUAUUAGCAAUACAGGCACGAGUGUAUUGCCCCUCUAAAAAUCAACGAACUUUAACGAUUUUGCUCGAGGGCCGCCACCGCCACCACCCUCCACACUGCGCCUUAGAUACCUAAUCAUAAAUUUGUGCGAGCCAAAACUUGUUUGUGGCUGAUGAUCGAGAAGCCGGCUAUGGAUCCCUCAGGGCGUCGGCUAGCUGGUGAUCGUACCUUGCGCUACGUCUCAAGCGGUUACCGUAGAAUAUGGGUGUUAGAAACUCCGAGUGUCACGUAGGGCUACAGGAAAAUAUAAGAAAAUAGAAAGAGUUAGAUUUAACUUUACCGUGAGCUCAUUUUCGGCAUUGGCUUAUCCUUACUAUCGAAAGUGUGUUUAAAGUAGUCUUGGACAUUGUAAUUAUAGAAAGUAGUUACUGCUUUAGAGACCUGGACUAGAUAAAAUUCACACCGUGAUCGUAGCGAGAGACUCAAUCAAAUUCAUGAGUGCAAAUAACUUGGUCUAGUGUGGCACACCACUUUUCACCCCAACACACUGUGAGUUUAAUUUCGACCACUACUUUCAUGCAGCAAAUGAUGCUUGUUCAAGCUGUUGAGAUCACCGAAAAAUUCUGGUUCCGAAACUAAAUAGAUGCUACAAGACCCGCUAAGAAUGACGUAUGAUUGGUCGGAUUCCAGGCCGAGAAUCAAACAUAUAAUGAGCUAUCAUUAUCACGAAGUGAUAACGUCAGUCGAUUGUUAUUCUCCACUAAAGAGCUCCUUACUCCAAAUAAGAUUAUACACAAAUAGUUUACCCACGCGCUUCGUAUGAAGCACAUCUGAUCUCUGGCAUUAUAUUACUAAUUUAGUAUUAAUUAUAUUAGGGAGAUGUUACAUAAAUCGGCAGCGCUGCGCUCAAAGCGCAUACAUCAGAUGGCAUAUUAUUCAACAGCAAAAUCCCGAAAAGUGAUAGCCAUCCGUCGCGAAGACCAGUCAGUAUGGGAGCGGAGGGCGCCGUUUUCUCCAUUAAACGUGAAUCGCUUCGUGCGGAACGGAGUCAAGGUCAUCGUGCAGCCCUCGAAUAGGCGCGCUUACCCCAUGCAGUCUUACAUAAGCGCUGGCGCAGUGAUCCAAGAAGACAUCAGCGAAGCCAACGUCAUCUUCGGCGUGAAGCAGACUCCUAUAGACCUCCUUAUCCCGAACAAGACUUACUGCUUCUUUUCACACACCAUCAAGGCACAGGAGGCCAAUAUGCCCAUGCUGGACGCUAUCUUGGCUAAGAACAUCAGACUAAUAGACUACGAAAAGCUGAUGGACGAUGCAGGCAACCGGGUGGUAGCGUUCGGAAAGUACGCGGGCGUUGCGGGCAUGAUCAACAUAUUACAUGGACUCGGGCUGCGACUGCUGGCGCUGGGACACCACACGCCCUUCAUGCACAUCGGACCAGCUCACAACUACCGCAACUCAAGCAUGGCGCGACAAGCCAUCAGAGACGCCGGGUACGAGGUGGCGCUCGGCAUGAUGCCUAAAUCACUGGGACCGCUGACGUUCGUGUUUACUGGCUCAGGAAACGUGUCCCAGGGAAGUCAAGAAAUAUUCUCAGAGUUACCCCACGAAUACGUUCCACCGGAAAUGCUCAGAAAAGUAGCGGAACAUGGAAGUCCAAACAAGAUCUACGGGUGCGAGGUGCGCCGGCGGCACCACUUGGAGAGGAAGAAUGGCGGCGGUUACGACGCGCAGGAGUAUGAAGAACACCCUGAGCGAUACAUCUCUACCUUCGCGCAAAAGAUAGCACCCUACACGUCCGUGCUGGUGAACUGCAUCUACUGGGCGGUGGACAGCCCCAAGCUGCUGACCAUCCCCGACGCCAAGCACCUCCUCAUCCCCUCCAACACGCCCUGGCUGCCGAAAAGCAUCGGCGCGCCCGCUCUACCGCACCGAAUGCUGGCAAUUUGCGACAUCUCAGCAGAUCCAGGCGGCUCCAUUGAAUUCAUGAACGAGUGCACCACCAUCGACACGCCCUUCUGUCUUUACGACGCCGAUAGAAAUAAGGACACUAAAAGUUUCAAGGGCCCCGGCGUCCUGGUGUGCUCCAUCGACAACAUGCCGACGCAGCUGCCGCGCGAGUCUACGGACUUUUUCGGAGAUUUGCUCUUCCCCUAUGCUGAGGACAUCAUGAAGUCUGAUGCUUCGCGGCCCUUGGAGGAACAUGACUUCUCACCCGUGGUUCAAGGAGCUAUAAUCACGAGCAACGGCAAACUGACACCGCCUUUCGAAUAUAUCAACGAAUUGCGAUCAUCAAACAAUCGCUCUCGUCACAAGGUGGAAGGCGACGACCAGCAGAACUCGGUGGUGAUCCUGGGCAGUGGGCUGGUGUCCGCCCCCGUGGUCGAGUACCUCGCUAAGGAGAAGAACAUCUCUGUAACUAUUGCGUCCCAAGUAAAGGAGGAGGCGGACGCGCUAGCGGAGCGGUACGGCGUGCGCUCGGCGUACUUACAAGCCGACGACGAAGCCUCGCUGCGCGCGAUGGUGUCGCGCGCUCGUCUCGUGGUGUCUUUAUUGCCUUACGAGCUGCAUGGGGCCGCUGCGAGAGCCGCUAUUGAUGCUGGGGCCCAUCUGGUCACGGCGUCUUAUGUGCGGCCUGAGGUCCAGGAGUUACACAGCCGAGCUAAGGAGGCCGGAGUGACGAUCCUCAACGAAGUUGGGCUAGAUCCUGGCAUAGACCAUCUUCUAGCCCUUGAGUGCAUCCACGACGUGCAGAACCAUGGCGGAAGAGUAGACUCCUUCGUCUCUUACUGUGGAGGUCUGCCGGCGCCUGAGUUCAGUGACAACGCGCUGAGGUACAAGUUUUCGUGGAACCCACGAGGAGUGCUGCUCAACACAAUAUCCGGAGCUAAAUAUCUAAGCAGAGGACAGAUAGUGGAGGUCCUCAGCGGCGGCGAGCUGAUGUCCGUAGCUCGUGAAUUAGACUUCCUACCCGGCUUCGCCUUCGAGGGCUUCCCCAACCGCGACAGCACACAGUACGCCAAGCUGUACGGAAUAGAGGACGCGCACACGAUUUUCCGUGGCACCAUCCGGUACAGAGGUUUCGCUGAAACUAUGAUCGCCAUGCAGCUGUUCGGGCUGGUGGACCCGAACCCUCAUCCCUCCCUCCAUCCUGAAGGACCUGAAAUUACUUGGCGUCAAUUCGCCUGCGAGCUGCUAGGCCUCACCGACUCGUCCAUCUUCUACGAGAACCUGAAGACGCGCCUGACGGAGCGCAUCGGCGGCGCCGGCGCGGCCGGGCUGGAGUCGCUGGGGCUGCUCGAGGACAGUGUCGUGGUCAAGAGGAACACACCGCUCGACACUGUCAGCCAUUACUUGACUAAUAAAUUAAAAUUAGGUGCCGACGAGACAGACUUCGUGGUGCUUCGGCAUGAAGUUGGCGUGACGUGGCGGGACGGGCGCAAGGAGCGGCGCGAGGUCACCAUGACGGUGCGCGGCGAGCCGGCCGGGGACACGGCCAUGGCGCGCACCGUGGGGCUGCCCACUGCCAUCGCUGCCAAGAUGAUCCUCGACGGUGAAAUUCAAGAGCGAGGAGUUGUACUUCCCUUCGCACCAGUAGUUUACAAGUCAUUGCUGUCGCGGCUGCGCGCGCACGGCGUCACAGCUCGCGAGACAAGUCGCCCGCUCAACUAAAUCUCAUAUGUUAGACCGGGACAGCAUGUGCUUCCCUUCGCACUGGCCGUCUACAAGUCGCUGCUGUCGCGGCUGCGCGUGCACGGCGUCACAGCUCGCGAGACAAGCUGCCCGCUCAACUAAACCUCAUAUGUUAGAGUGGGACAGCAUGUGCUUCCCUACACCAGUCGCUGCUGUCGCGGCUGCGCGCGCACGGUGUCACAGCACGCGAUAUAAGCCGCCCGCUCAACUAAACAGUACAUGUUAGAGUGGGACAGCAGGGUGCUCGCAUUUAAUUGUUUAAAUAACGGCUCAAUUUGUUCGCUCAACAAGUGUAACUAGACUAUAGAUAAACAGAGUAAUAGACGUAUGAACUCGAACAAGGCUACCGACCGACCAAUGUGACUGCUAUUUUCUGACGGGAAGAGUAUGGCACCAAAUUGUAUUGCGCCCUAACAAGGUCAGGAUGAUAUUCCCAACUAUAAUCUGUGUUUUUACAGAAUGCUGAUAGAUAUACUACGUAUAGAUAGAUAGUCUAGGAAUAAUAAUAAACCUGCUUUGCGUACUAGCAAAUUAUUAA